GUUGUUAAUUACAAGUGUAUUCUUAUGUUUUUUGUUAGAUUUUCACAAGAUUUUUUUAAACCACAAAUUAUAACUUUACAUCUGAACUAAUCAGUUAAUCAACUUGUACAUUGCACAUUUUCCCUUUAAAUCUCAGGAUAAUGUCUCCUCUUACAACAUUCAUUUACCUUAAUCCUCUUACCCAGUAUUAUUGCAGUUCCUGCUCUGGGGUAAUAUAAAAAAAAUUCUUAAUUCAUUUGCACUGCUAUUCACGCACCUUUUAAUGUUUGUCCAAAUUAGCACCGGUUUACCUUCCAGUUACGUUUGGUUGUUUUCUAUUGCUUAGUAUGGUAGUUUCAUUCAAUUGUAUGACGUAAUCGGUCUUAAAAAUAAAUCAAUAUAAACCUUGUAUCCUAAAAUAUCCGACUGUCAUUCAUAUUGGUUUAGUUGUAAUAAAAUCGAUCUACUAAUAAAACAUUGUCCCUGUGGGAUUUGGAUUUUAAACGAUGAACAUUGAGAUUGAAUUCAGUGAUACAAAUUACAUAUGCAAUACAGUUUAAGCCCAUAUGUUUUUGAUAAUAAUUUUGCUUUUCGGAUUGGGAGAAUGUUCCUUAAUGAAGUGUCGCUGUUCCCCAAAAAAUAUCAAAGGACUGCUGCUCAAGGGAAGCCAUGACAGUUUCAGUGGACGAGCAGCCCUGUUGUUUUCCUGUAGGUGCGGUUACGUCUUUGCAGCAACUGUGCAGUUCGUAUCAUUUUCAUGGAUCCCGAUAUGCAAGUGAAUAUUUUAUUGUUAAAAUAAGUAAUAAUUCUCCUGGUUGUCUAUGCAUCUAACCCUUUUUGGGUUUGGUAAAAUUGUUCAUUUCACAAUGGCAAGGAACUAUGAAAUGACCGCUAAACAAUGCAUGUCGAUUUUCUUUGUAUUUUUCGCGACGUGGAGUACCGUCUGGGCCGUGACUCGUUACUCUGUUCCGGAAGAAAUGAAGGAAGGUGCUGUGGUAGCGAAUUUAGCAGCGGAUCUGGGACUCAAUGUUGGAAGUCUGGUGGAACGUAAGGUAAAGCUUGACAUUUUAAAUAGCAAGAAAUAUUUGGGUGUUAACAAAGAAACGGGAGAACUGUACGUAUUAGAGAGGAUUGACAGGGAAAAUAUAUGCAGUAUGAAAUCAACGUCGUGCAUACUUAAAAUGGAUGUUGUUAUAGAAAACCCAGAACGCAUAUUUCACUUCGAAGUGGAAAUACUAGAUAUCAAUGAUAAUGCGCCUCAUUUUCGAAGAGAAAAAAUGUAUUUGGACAUUUCAGAAUUAACGGCGGCUGGAGAGAGAUUUUCCCUCACGAAUGCUGUCGAUCCAGAUGUGGGUUCAAAUUCGAUUAAAACAUACCAUUUAAGUGAAAGUGAGAACUUUAGUCUAGAUAUUCAAACAGGAAGUGAUGGAUCUAAAUAUGCAAACCUUCGUUUAAAGAAAGCUUUGAACCGGGAGGAACAAGCUAUUCAUAACCUGAUACUGACCGCGGUAGACGGCGGAGUCCCUGCGCGCUCCGGUACCACCAGCAUUAUUGUUCGCGUACAGGAUGUGAAUGACAACGCCCCUCAGUUUGAUCGUCAAAUUUACUAUGUUAAUAUUUCUGAAAAUUCACCCGUCGGAACUCCCGUCAUGAAGUUAAAUGCUACUGACUUAGAUGAAGGUUUAAACGCAGAUAUUAUAUAUUCUUUCACGCUUUACACUUCUGAAAAAACGCAAGAUUUGUUUUCUUUGGAUUCCAAUACAGGGGAAUUAAAAGUAAAAGGUAUUAUUGAUUUUGAAGAAAUAAAAACACUUGAGAUGCACAUCCAGGCUAAUGACAAAGGUUACAAUCAGCUUUCAGGGCAGUGUACAGUAAUGGUGUUUGUUACUGAUGUUAAUGAUAACCACCCUGUUAUCGCUAUUACGUCUCUGAAAACAACAGUAAAGGAGAAUGUUCCUGUAGGUACAAUAAUAGCGCUCAUAAGCAUUAGUGACAGAGACUCGGGAGAAAACGGUAUAAUCAGCAUUAGGAUAAACGAGCAGCUGCCGUUUGCGUUAAAUAAAUCGUCAGAAAACGAUUUCACGCUAGUUGUUUCAGAAUUUUUAGACCGUGAGAAAGUUCCUGAGUAUGACAUCACGUUAAUCGUCACAGACAAUGGCACGCCUCCUUUGUCUGAUAAUGAAACAAUUACUUUAGAGAUUCUGGAUAUAAAUGACAAUGCGCCAAAAUUUCCAAAAUCAUUCUAUACUAUUCCUGUGAUGGAAAACAAUGCACCAGGAUCAUUGCUGAGUUCUGUUGCUGCAGUUGAUCCAGAUCUACAUGAAAACCAGUAUUUGGUUUAUUUUAUCAUAGAGAAGGAAAUAGCAAACACAUCCAUGUCCAUGUUAUUCUCUAUUAAUCCAGAAAACGGUGACCUUUAUGCACUAAAAACAUUUGAUUAUGAGAGAGAGAAGGAAUUUCUCUUUCAUAUCGAAGCCCGAGAUUCUGGAGUUCCUCCACUCAGCAGUAAUGUGACUGUCCAUAUCAUUAUUGUGGACCAGAAUGACAACACACCAGUUAUAGUGUCUCCAUGGAGCGCACUUGGCUCUGUGGUUGAGGAAGUGAUUCCAAGAUCCAUUGAUAAAGGACACCUGGUUUCCAAAGUUAUCGCCAUUGAUGGAGAUUCUGUGCACAACUCUCGGAUCACAUACCAGUUCCUUCAACUUACGGAUGCUACACUGUUCAGUCUGGACCAAUACAAUGGGGAGAUUCGGACAAUGAGAAUGUUCAGCUACAGAGAUGCUCGUCACCAGCGCAUGGUUGUUCUAGCCAAAGACAAUGGAGACCCUGCUCUCUCUGCCACCGUCACCAUCAAGUUAUCGACUGUGGAACAGGCUGUCAAAGUCUAUUCUGACACCAUGGAGGUACCUUUGGAAUACGACAUCUUCUCAGACCUAAACCUCUACCUGGUGAUCAGUUUGGGUGCAGUUUCAUUUCUCUUGUUAAUGACAAUAUUGGUGACCAUCGUGCUGAAGUGCCAGAAACCAAAACCCACCAAAGCGGCUCCUCCUGCAUGUAGGAACAGCAUCAUCAGCCAGAGGAACUCUACUAUAGCGGAUUCCACCCUGAUCUCCAGUGAUGCCUACUGGUACAGUCUGUUUCUAGCAGAGACCAGGAAGGGGAAGGUGGUGGUUAGGCAGCCGGUACCCAAGGCUGGAUACCUCAUUUCCAGUAUACCCAGGAGCACAGGCCUGACAGAAACCAGUGAAUCUGCUGCCUCUACACUGCAGGUAAGGGUGCAAACAACUUUUUUAAAUUGGAAAAAAAAAUAGUUUUCAUCUACCGCUCAUAUUUCAUGACUUACAUAAUAUUCUACAAUUGAUGUUUAUGUCCAGAGUUACUU